UCAGAUGAGCCAAAACAGGAAAGGGGGUGGUACAUCACGGUUCCAGGAAGGGCUCAACUCUCCCGUCCCUCCCUUCCCCACCACCCAUCGCUUCCCACUUUUGGAAUUCCCCAUCGCGCGGUGUCUAGCCAACCUCCUUUCCUUGGGGGCCAGGGAUCCAACCUGCCCCUCUCCACGCAGCCGGGAGAUUCUCCUUUCAACACCUCGGACAGCGCACACAAGCCAACAUGGCUCCGAUCACAGCGAGCCGGGAGGAAUUAGAUGAAAUUCCGACAGUGGUUGGGAUCUUCAGUGCAUUUGGUUUGGUCUUCACAGUGUCCCUGUUUGCUUGGAUCUGCUGUCAGAGAAAAUCUUCCAAAUCCAACAAGACUCCCCCUUAUAAAUUUGUACAUGUACUAAAGGGAGUUGACAUUUAUCCAGAAAAUCUAAACAGCAAGAAGAAGUUUGGCGCAGAUGACAAAAAUGAAGCAAACAGUAAAUCAGCACUGCCAAAGAACUCACUGCAUCUUGACUUGGAGAAGAGAGACCUGAAUGGUAAUUUCCCUAAAACAAAUGCCAAAGUUGUGAGCCCCUCAGAUCUUGAGAACUUGACUCCAAAGCACUUUUCUGAAUCAGAGAAAGAUUCCAUUUCCCUUGAUAGCUUAAAAUCCAACACCUCGUUGUCUUUGGAGGAGAAACAAGAGAAACUAGGGACUCUCUUCCUAUCAUUAGAAUACAACUUUGAGAAGAAGGCAUUUGUGGUGAACAUCAAAGAGGCCCGGGGCCUGCCGGCUAUGGAUGAACAAUCAAUGACCUCUGACCCUUAUAUCAAAAUGACUAUCCUGCCUGAGAAGAAACAUAAAGUGAAAACCAGAGUUCUGAGAAAAACCUUGGAUCCAGCUUUUGAUGAGACCUUCACUUUCUAUGGAAUCCCCUAUAGCCAGAUCCAAGACUUAGUACUUCACUUCAUGAUCUUGAGUUUUGACAGGUUUUCGAGAGAUGAUGUCAUUGGAGAAGUCCUUAUUCCCCUCUCAGGAAUUGAAUUGUCUGAUGGAAAAAUGCUAAUGAACAGGGAAAUCAUCAAAAGAAACGUUAGGAAGUCCUCAGGACGUGGAGAACUGCUCAUCUCUCUUUGCUACCAGUCCACAACCAACACACUCACUGUGGUUGUUUUAAAAGCGCGUCACCUGCCUAAAGCUGAUGUUUCAGGAUUAUCAGAUCCUUAUGUCAAAGUGAACCUGUACCAUGCCAAAAAGAGAAUCUCCAAGAAGAAGACACAUGUGAAGAAAUGCACCCCUAAUGCAGUGUUCAAUGAAUUGUUUGUCUUUGAUAUCCCAUGUGAGGGUCUUGAAGAUAUCAGUGUUGAGUUUCUGGUCUUGGAUUCUGAUAGGGGGUCGAGGAAUGAGGUCAUCGGUCGGUUAAUCUUGGGAGCUUCAGCUGAAGGAACAGGUGGAGAGCACUGGAAGGAAAUUUGUGAAUAUCCUAGGAGACAAAUCGCCAAGUGGCAUAUGCUUUGUGAUGGUUAGUGGCCUAGAAGAGAGUCGGAACUUAAUGCUUUGUCCAUAGGCAAUGAGCAAUUUUCUUUUUUUGCAAUUUGUAAUUACAGGCUUGUAACAGCAAGUCAUCCUUUUGUUAAGACUGGAUGGAAUUAUCAGACCAGAAGUAACUCUAAAUUUGAAUCAACAUUUUCCCUCUUAAAAUAGAGAAUUCUGGUGCAAUUUCAUAAUAAAUAUCAAUUCUACUGAAAUAUGAAUAACCAUAAGACAGUAGAGAGCUAUAAAUUAAAAUCAGAAUGGUCUGGGUUUUUUUAUAAAUUCAUCAUUGCUUCACUGUGGUUCUAAUGACCUUAAGAGAUGUUCUGUGUGGCAAGGUAGAUCACACUGGAGGUUAAUAUUGCUACUGGUUACUGUUAUUUCAGAAAUGUUCUCUUAUGAAAAUUCAAUCAUUUUUCUCAAGAUAGGGUAAAUAGAUUUUGAUGAACCCAAAGACUUUGAAAAAGUGUUUUACCAGCUUGAUCUAUCCAUUGCAUCAUGCUCAGAGGAUCAUUCUCUUUGUGAAACGUUACAUUAGUCAUUUUUUUAUUUUUGUGUGUGUGGGGGGGGAUGAACUCUAGAUAAUUGAAUUCAGCUGAGUAAAAAAUAAUUUCAUAAAACAAAUGAACAACUAAAAAUUCAAUUUUACCAAGAAGCCAAUGCUAUUCCCCCUCCAAAAUUACAGCAUCACAAAGAUGUUUAUUUGAUAUCACAAAGAAUUCUCAAACAGAAUUAUUGACACUGCACCAUUUCUAACCCUUGGUAUUGCUUAAGAGAGUCUUUUGUUUACAUUGUUGACUAAGUUAGUGGAUUAGAAUGCAGCAUUGCGCAGACCCACAUUCGGUUAGCAACACUGUUUAGAAAUAUUCAUAAAUGUACAUUAAAUGCAUAGAUGACACACUUAACUAGUUCUUCAUUCAUGGCAUCUUCACAAGUGUCAGUGAUAUCUAAUGGAAGGAGGGUAAAACAGAUGUCAGUUUCUGUUUGCGGAAUAACAUGACUAGACAAAGGGAUUGCCAUUACAGUGCCAGACAGAAGUGAAAGUGUUACCUAAAGCCAAUUAAUAAAUGUUAAACGGAGUGACAUAAAGAGAAAUGAACAGGUCUAACAAAGUGUAUUAAUGCUUAUACAAUAUACUUUUUUAGGCUGUCAAACUAACACAUAUCUACGUAGAGAGCUUCCUAGCCUUCCAACUUCAAUCUGUGAUGCAGAGCUGUCUGGAAAACUGUUAUAAGGCUCUGGCCUAUAUCAAUUUUAAAUGGCAGGGGUUGCGCAGGAUAUUGUAAAAAUGUUUUAGGACUUGGACACAAUUUUGCUCUGCAGUAACUGUAUUUAGGGUUUGAUAAAGGGAGAAGUAAAGUGUGAAACUCCUGUGCGUUUGGAAUAUGAAAUAUGCAAGUAAGAAAUAAAUGCCACUGAAAGAAUUGCAUUUUGAGUCUUUCAGAUUUUGUGUCCGUACUUUACCAGUUUUUGAGAAUGUGUUUGAUAUCACGGUGUUUAUAAAAUUCUAUGAAAAUGCAUUUUCAAAACAACUUCUACAUGCUUUUUAUGAGUGCUCAGUGUAAAGAAAUGUGGUCCCUUCUCUAUGUAUAAAAGGACUGAAAUCUACUUUUUUGUUUGUUUUAGACUGAUUUUGUUUGAUUGUAUUUCCCUUCCAAUGUCUCCUCUCCACAACAAAUGUAUAUCAGAGUGUCAUGUUCAGUACAGCAUCCCUGAAAACAGCAUCAAAUGAGAUGUGAUUCAUGAUUUCUUCUUUUGGAAAGUCAAAUGGCUUUUUCUUUAUUUUCAUUUAUUUUUUUAGGAUUUGGGGCUGUGACUACUUUUUUUCGGUCAGUCUUUAAUAAUGUGUUAAGAAGAUUGAAGAUGGUUUUAAGUAUCCCAGCCAACCUCAAGGUUGAUAUUACUCUAGCUAAUGGACGGUUGUUGGAAUUUAAAAAAAAGGUGAAAAUAAUUACUUUUUAUUAUACUGGGAAUUUGUAAAUAGGAGGAUUUUUUUUAAUUUAAGACUUUGUCAAGUGUGAAAAGUUGAGUGAAAAAUAACUUACAGCCCAUUCUAAAAAAAGAAAAGGAAUAAAAAAAGAAAUCCAACUAGGUAGGGAUACAUGAGAUCCUGUCUUCCUAGGAUAACUUUUACUGUUUUAUAAAGUGUUCAAAUCAAUGUGUAUAUCUUGAAUUCUGUUGAGGAAACUGCACUGUAAAAUAAUUGUUUGUCUCAGUAGCUUACCAGAACACCCUAUUUGGGAGGUAUCCAUGUUUGAAGAACUGUUGUAACUAAAUAACUGAUUUGUUAUGAUGUUGUAACUACAUAGAAGUUAACUGGAAGGAAACACGGUGUAUGAGGUUUUUGUAAGUUUUCUGUACCAGCUCUGUAUGUUGUGCCAUGUAUGUAAGACAAGAAUAAACUGCUGCUUUCAUUCAUCUCA